ACGUCACCACACCCGGAAGUGACCGUGGGGAAGGUGAACACAAGCGCUGAGGAUCAACAAACCACAGACAUGGCUCGUACUUUCCUCUGCAGAGGUGUUACAGGUGUAUUUCAGCUCAGCAGGAGCAGGACUUUACUGUCUGGGAGUCGUUUUUACUCUCAGACCGAAGCGGAGCCGCUGACAGUGACACAACAAAACAACGGAAUAAGGAGGAUAAUACUGAACAAUCCCAAGAAGAGGAAUGCUCUGUCUUUGUCCAUGCUGGAGUCCCUCAGGGAGAACAUCCUAACUGAUGUUGACAGCGAGGAGCUCAGAGUUAUUAUAAUAUCAGCCAAGGGUCCAGUGUUUUCCUCCGGACACGACCUGAAGGAGCUGACGUCAUCUCAGGGCCGAGACUAUCACACAAAGGUGUUUCACACCUGUUCUGAGGUGAUGACCCUGAUACAGGACAUACCCGUUCCUGUCAUCGCCAUGGUGAACGGCGUCGCCACGGCCGCCGGCUGCCAGCUAGUCGCCAGUUGUGACGUUGCCGUGGUGACGGAGAAGUCCACCUUUGCCACGCCGGGCGUCAACGUGGGCCUGUUCUGCUCCACGCCGGCGGUGGCCAUCGGCAGAGCGGUGCCAAGGAAGGUUGCCAUGGAGAUGUUGUUUACAGGAACUCCCAUCUCUGCCCAUGAUGCUCUGCUGCAUGGUCUGGUCAGUAAGGUGGUACCAGAGGAGCGACUGGAAGAGGAGACAUUAGCCAUCGCUAAGAGGGUGUGUCAGGCUAGCCGACCGGUUGUAGCCCUGGGAAAGGCCACUUUCCAAAGGCAAAUGGCUCAAGGCCGAGAUGCAGCGUACGCCACCGCCUCCAAGGUGAUGGUCGACAACCUGGCUCUGAGAGACGGACAGGAAGGGAUCCGGGCUUUCAUAGAGAAACGAAAGCCAGUGUGGAGCCACAAAGCAGAAAAAGCUCAUGACUGAUGGACCGUUGGAGACGCUGCCAUCUAGUGGUCGUCUUAACGGGUGCACAUCAUUUUUCAGACACUGGUGUUGUGUAAUUGCCGCCAGUGUCUGAGUCAAUGCUCAGACAGUCAAUGCUUUUUACUGCUAGUAAAAAGUAUGUAUGUAAUUUGUAAAAUUACCAGAGUUAAAGUUUGAAUUGUUCACGUCGUCUUGAGCAUUUCUACUAUUUUGUGGAGAGUAAAGACAAACCUGUGCCUUGAAAGCUGCAGUGUGGUAAAGAGAAGGGAAUACAUGAUUUUCCCUGUGUGAGACAUGAUAGGCUCAUAAUGUCUGUAUGUGUCUAUGUUAGAUACAUUAUACGGGGGUACACAUUAGAGGAGGAAGUUUGUAAAAGUCCAUUUUAUUUUCUGAAUUAGUCUUCGGUUAAGUAACACAAAAAAAAAGUUGGGGUUGAUACAACAUGCAGCAUUGCAAAUAAGUUUUCAUUCAGAUCUGGGGUUAAUUUAAAUGGAACUGACUUAAAACAACUAUUAAAAUAAUAAAACAACUUCAAAUCACAGUACUGUUUUAAUAGGUCAUACUAAAGUGUGUUAUCUACCACUUUUCCCACUAUUUGUCUAUUCUGUUAAUUUUCUGAAAGUUGCAAAUAUGACAAAUAACCAAUAAAUGAAUGCUGUUAAAAAAA